AUGCCAUUCUAUGAGUGGUUUCAACAUGCCAUGAAGAUCAAUAAUGCAGUGCAAGUUGAAGAAGCUUUAAUGGUGGUUUGGGCAAUAUGGAAUGCUCGAAAUAAGCUACUUUGGAAUCAGAAAAACACAGUAGCUUUGGAUGUGGUUCUGUCAGCAAGAUCUAAUCUUUAUCAAUGGCAAAGUGCUCAACAAAAUAGAUUUGAUCCUCUUAUAUCUCCUUUUGAGAUAGGUAAAGAGGAAGAGCAUUGGACUAAACUAGUUGCAAAUAUGGUGAAGAUAAAUGUUGAUGGAGCGAUUUUUGAAGCUUACAACUCUUUUGAAUUUGGUUUUAUUGCCCGUGACAGCUCUGGAGCUAUUAUUGAAGCUGUUACUUCAAGCAAAACCAGUAGCGCUUCCCCUGAGAUUGUUGAACUAAUCGGAAUUAAGGAUGCCCUCAGUGGGAUAAAAACCAAAGGAUGGAGUUAUGUCGUACUUGAAACCGACUGUCUUAUGGCAGUUCAAGCUAUCCACAACAACACGUUUCUUCCAUCUACAUUCGGGAUGUUGGUCCACGACUGUCAACAUCUUAUAUCUCAGUUGUCUAAUGUUAAUUUGUCUUUUACUAAGCGUUCUGCUAAUAAGGCCGCAUAUUUCCUUGCGCGUAGCUCUUGUUAUUUUUCAGAUCGAUCGCACAUGCUAGAAAUUCACCUUCUGAGUUGA